AUGGAUCUGAAGGACCGCAGGCACCGCUCGCUCACUAGGGGGCGCUGCUCCAAAGACUCCCAGUACAACAGCACAUCCCUGGACACAGACGAGUGCCGCGUCCCCACACAGAAGUCCUACAGCUCCAGUGAGACGCUCAAGGCCUUUGACCACGAGCAGCGGCUGCACUAUGGAGGCUGUGUGACCGACUUGGUGCAUCACGAGGCCGAUGAGUACUCCAGGCAAGGCGUCCUGGAGUUCUCACCUGUGCUCCUACGAUAUCUCAUGUCAGGGGGUAACUUCACUCUGGCGGAGCUGGGCGUGUGCGAGCCGCCCCCCUCUCCUCACCCUGCGGCGGUCCCAUACUGUCCCGACCUGGGCCUUCUGCAGGGGGGCUAUGCUCUCAGUGCUGGCUCUGAUGCAGACUCUGACCCUGAGGGGCCCCUGUCUCCGGACCGGGCUAUCCAGCUGUGGGCCGGGAGGGGAGGGGUUAAGUCCCGCCGAAGCUCAGGCGUGUCCAGCCGCGAGAACUCCGCCCUCACACUCACCGACUCCGAGAAUGAGAACAAGUCUGACGACGAAACAGCUUAUCUGGAUGAGGAGGAGGAUCCGUUUGGAGACUACCAUGUGAUCAUUCUGUCCCCGCUCUACCAUAUUGCAGCUGCCUCGUCCUCCUCAGUGAUGAAGAGAGGAGCUGGUUUUGUUUUCUCUGGGAUGAGCGGAUCAAUGCGCCACUGUACCGGCCUGGCUGCAGCGGAUCAGAGCCACUGGGAGGAGGCCUGGCAGCCGCUCAGAGAGGACAGGGAUCAAGUGCGAGAGGAUCGGUGCAGGGAUAAUCUCUGGUGGCCCACGGUGCUCAGCGGGAAACCCACAGCCACUGGGGUGAGGGCCCAGCGCCAGACUGUCACUCCACAGGUGGAUGGGAGCCCCCCACUGCCUCCCCCACUUUCCCAUCAGUGCACUGAGCAGCUGGAGAGAGCUUCUCCGGGGGGUCCACGGGGCGUGGUACAGUCUUAA